AUGUACGCUUCCGGUUUUGCCUCCGUAAAUGGAUCUUGUUUAGCUACUGCAAAAACUCCGGUACUGUUUCUUCGUAUUUAGCAAGCGAUCCGAAAGAAAAUCGAGCAAUUAUGGAAGACAUUUUUCACUGGUGCCGCGAGGGAAACGCGUUUCAAGUGCGCGUAUGGCUUGACGACACGGAGCACGACAUGAAUCAAGGGGACGACCACGGCUUCAGUCCCCUGCACUGGGCCGCCAAGGAAGGCCACGGCAACAUCGUCGACAUGCUCAUUGCGCGUGGAUCGAGGGUCAAUGCCACCAACAUGGGGGACGACACUGCGCUGCACCUGGCUGCCGCGCACGGACACCGCGACAUCGUCCACAUGCUGCUGAAGCGGAACAUGGACGUCAACGGCAUCAACGAGCAUGGGAACACUCCUCUGCAUUAUGCGUGCUUCUGGGGAUACCAAGCGAUCGCUGAGGAUCUGAUCAACAGUGGCGCCCUGGUCUCGAUCGCCAACAAGUAUGGCGAGACGCCGCUCGACAAGUGCAAGGGCCACAUGGGUCUGAGACUGCGGGAGCUUGCUGAACAGGGCGGUCAGGACCUGAAGAAGAUUUACUACAAGGACCAGAACUGGCUCGGCACAAAGACAAGGACAAGGGAUGCUACUCUUUCCCGGCACUCUGGAAUCAACAUGGACGAACUCAAGUUCUUUUCGCAGAUUGCUCAAACGCAGUCCGGAGAGACUUGGAAGGGUUCGUGGCAGGGCAACGACAUUGUGGCCAAGAUCCUGAACGUGGGGGAGGUGACCCCCCGCAUCUCACGGGACUUCAAUGACCAGUACCCGCGGCUGCGCAUCUUCUCGCACCCCAACGUGCUGCCCGUGGUGGGCUGCGUCAACCGGCCCCCGUAUCUGGUUGUGGUGCAGCAGUACCUACCCCAUGGCUCCCUGUUCAACAUCCUGCACGGCCAGACGGGCAUGGUGGUGGAUCAGUCUCAGGCUCUCAAGUUUGCGAUCGACAUUGCCCGCGGCAUGGCUUUCCUGCACACCUUGGAGCCCAUGAUUCCAAACUUCCACCUGAGCAGCAAGCACGUCAUGGUCGACGAGGAGAUGACGGCCUACGUGAACAUGGCGGACACCAAGUUCACGUUCCAAGACCGCGGAAAGCUGUACAACCCAGCCUGGUUUGCCCCCGAAGCGCUGCAGAAGAAGCAGGACGAGAUGAACUGGAAGGCGGCGGACAUGUGGAGCUUUGCGGUGCUGCUGUGGGAGAUGGCGACACGCCAGGUGCCCUUCGCCGACCUCUCGCCAAUGGAGAUCGGCAUGAAGAUUGCUCUGGAGGAGCUGAGGGUGACGAUUCCGCCCGGGAUCUCGCCACACAUGUCUCGUCUGAUCCGCAUCUGCAUGAACGAAGACCCGGGCAAGAGACCCACCUUCGAGAUGAUCCUGCCGAUCCUGGAAAAGAUGAAGCACUAGAUGAGAGGGUGGCCCGGACUGCCAUUGCUCGUUGCAACCAAAACACUGGCAACGAGCGCACGUGCCUUUAGGUGUGCUACGGUCACUGCCAGCUUAAGAAAUGCGGCGGGCGUGGCAAGUCCCGAGCAACGCGGAGCGCAAAUUCGUCUGCUUGUUGCGCAGGGUUUGCGGUGAUGUCAGACCGCCGAGCUUUAAGGAUUGUGGGUAGACCUCAAAGUAGCUAGCAUUGAGAUGUACCCACUAUCCGAUCAGAGCCAAUCACAGCUUGGCAUUUUGACGUCUCUGCGACCCCUGCGCAAGAAGCUGACGAACUUGCGCUCCGCAUUGGUCACCGGUCAGCAGCCAGUGAGGUUGCAGCAUCGGCCGAUAAGGAUGCCGAAGAACGUGAUUGGCCACGCCCUGCUUUUUUGAAGCCGUCGGUGACCUUAGUUGCCGUUGGUCUAAUUCGCGAAACUGACAACCUGUGUUGAGCAGUCCGUAUAUUUUGUUUUUGUCGGCAUUCUUAGGGACAUGGCGGCAUGAACCGACAGGCUAAAGACGCUUGUACGAAAGUUUCUAAAUGCGAUGAAGUGGGGCGGGGAAGACGCCCGUGGGGACAGUGUCUCUGUAGCAAGUGAUUUAGAGGCUCUGUUCUUUUUCUUUGUUUCGAGGAGCGUAUGGUCGGGGACAAAAGGAACUAGAACAUAUUAAUGCGUUUGCCUUGCUUAAGUUCCCCCGGUGGUGCGUUCCGGUCGUGUGUUCCCAUUACUUUUUUUUUGUCCACAGCUGCACUUUGACGGUUCUCACAAGAUUUUGACUUUUGGAGGAGUGGCAACUGUGCUGCCAAACUGACGACUACUAGCAUACUCUGACCGCACGAUGUCUCUAACUUAUUUCUUUGUUUCAUAAGCAUCAGCUGUGGUCCCCUUUGUUUUGUGUCUGUUCUCAGCUGUUGGUGUUUUAGAAUUUGGAUUUUUGUGUUUGAGGUGUUUCAUUAGA